GGGGAAUGCAAUGAGAAAUUGCUCUCGAAAACCCCGAAUCUGUCUUGUCCGGUCUUUUUUCUUUCGACUUAGCCGGUCUUUAGGUUUCUGAUUGGACUACAGCUCCCAUCUGCCCCCGCCACUGGUUACGCCGGUUUCCUAAGAUGUAUUCCAUGAAAACUUAAACAUGGAGCUGGGAAAAGGGAAGCUCUUGAGAACUGGCCUUAAUGCCUUACACCAGGCCAUCCAUCCUGUGCAUGGGAUUGCUUGGACAGACGGAAAGCAAGUGAUACUGACCUCUUUAUACCAGCGUAAUGGAGAACCUAACUUUGGCAAUUCAAACGUUGUGGGUCAAUUUGAACACGUUCACGGACUCUACUGGGGUCCGUUUUGUGCACCAGACGCUCCUGCGCUUCUUGCUAUUCAGCAUAAAAGACACAUUACAAUGUGGCAACUCUGUUACAGUGCUUCAGAACAAAACAAGCUGAUGGUUUAUCAGAUCAGUGAAAUCAGCGAGCUGUUUCCUAUACUUCCUCAGGGUUGUGUGUGGCAUCCCCAAAAAGAAAUCUUAGCGGUGCUCACUACGCGAGAAACGUCUGUGCUCCAUUCGGUGCGACUCAAUAACUCCAGAAUAAAAGCCGAUAUCAAAGGUACCGGUAUCAUUCAUUGUGCUUGUUGGACCGAGGGAGGCAAACGUCUGGUGAUCGGGAUAGGUAGCACUCUCCAUUCCUACAUGUGGGAUGAUGAUCAGAAAACUUUAAAUGCCUGCUCCUUUUGUCCAAUAUUGGAUGUAGGCGGCUAUGUUUGUGCAAUUGAACCAACCGUGAAUGCACAAGUGACAGUUGCUACUGAAUUGCCACUAGAUAAGAUCUGCAGCUUAAAUGCUGGUGUUUCCUUUGAAAUCCCAAAUGAAGUUAUUGGAAAUUCAAUUCCUUCUCAAAGUAACCCAUUAGAAUAUGAGGAUGAUCCCUGUGUAGAUGAUGGAAAAAAGUUAACGGACCAGGAAAUGUUAGCAUCGUCCCCAGUGGAUUUGACUCAUCUGCCUUCGAGCAAACACCUCUCUGAAAAAAGUUCCCUCAUUAAUCUAAGAUCCAAGGAUUACCUAACUGGAAGCGGUCACGAUGCGUCACAUUUGAUUUUGGUAACGUUUGAAAGAAAAGCGACAACUAGCAAAAAAGUCAGCAUCCCGGGUGUCCUGGUCCCAGAUAUCCUGGCUUUUGACUCUAAGACACAGACUGUGGUAGUUGCCUCCAAUACUUGUAAUAUAAUUUUGGCUUAUUCCUUAGCUUCAUCCCUCCUGCCUAACUUUCAACAAAUUCAAUUGGAGAAGAAUGAGAGGCCAAAGGGAUUAUGUUUCUUAACAGAGAAACUGUUACUGAUUCUGGUUGGAAAACAAAAAUUAAUGGAUCCUGCUUUUCUUCCAUCUUCACGCUCUGACAAGUACAUUCUCCGCUUGAUCGUCAAAAGGAUCACCUCUAGAGAAGGCCCCUCGGCACUUUUGGGGCCUACUCAGGUUUGUUUUAGGAACACACCCGUGAAAAGAGAAUGUGUUGAAAGGCAUUCUUCUGAUGGUCAUGUUCUGAGGGAAGGAUUGCUGCUCCCAGACUGCAUGAGCAUGCCAUCCUCUGGGAAGAAAAAACUGAUAGAAGAAAUCGUUGAUGAACAAUGUCUGCCAACAAGCAUUGUGGAUUCUGCUGAGAAAAAGAUGUCCAAGAAUUUCCCUCAAGAUUUGAGAACUUUAGACGUUGAGCCAAUAGCUCAUUCCUUUGUUCUUCAAGAGCUUGAAAACUCUUCAGGAUCACUAAAUAUACCAACUUCAAACACAUCAGGAGUUGGAUCUCAUGAAACUUCUAAUUCGUAUGAUAAACAAAUGCAUUCUCAUGAAGUAAAAAGGAACUUACUGCAAAGUGAAAAAGAAGCUAAUUGCAUCUCUAAAAAUCUAGAAGAACUGUGCUACAGUUUUGCAGAACUUCAGCAUCAACUUUUUGAGAUAACUGAGCUUCUAAGAUCCGGGAAAAAAAUUGUUCCGCAGUAUCCAUCAUCUUGUGAACCUUCUUUUGUUAACGUGAUUUGCCAGAAGGAGUCUUCUGGAUCUAUUACUUCUGAAGAGCAUGCUGUUAUCCUCUGUGAUGGGAAACUCCGUCUGAGCAUAAUUCAGAAGGUUUUCAAUGUGGGUGUAGUUGAAAUGCAGCACAGUAAGUAUGAAAGCUAACUUUGGGAACACUAAUAACAAGCCUACAUGUCAGUGGAAAAAUAUUUGUUCCUUUUUAUAUAUAAAUGGCAUUUCCAAAUAGUUACAUUUUUUUACAGUGGAUUUUCUUUUACUGAUUAUAUACUCUGUUCUCUUCAGGCAUCAACAGUUCUCUUCAAAUCACAACUAAAAAAAAUGGCUGCAUUUAUAACAUCUCUUUAUUAUUGAAAGUUUGAAAGAGGAAUGUAAUCAUGUUUGACUAUAAUUGAAUGGAGAAACAGUUUCACAACUGUUGUUCUAUAAAAAUGUGGGGAGGGCCAAUAUAGAAGGGGUAGGGCUGGAGUACAUAACCCUAUCGCUGUUAGAAACUAACAAUAUCUCAGUAUACUUCAAGUCACAAGAAGUAGUAGUUCCACUCUGUGCUAGUAAGCUAUAUUUCAAUACUGUAACCUUCCAUAGGCCCCAUAUUUUAAGGACACAGACAAAAUUAGCAAAUCUAGAAGAGGCUAGCCAGAAUGGUGAAGAGUCUGGAAAUAUAUAGAAGAGCUUCAUAUUCAAGAUAGUGAAAAGAAUUGGGAAUGUUUAACCUAAAAAAACAAACAGUGGCCUUCAGUUGACAUUGGAGGUUCAACGACAAAACCGCG